AUGGACGAGGAAUCCGGUUCCGAGUUUCUGGACUUAAUUCUUCCGAUGCUGAAGGAGUUGAAUGUUAUUGAUACUCCUUCGGAUGAGAAGAUCGUGCAGUUUUUGCAACCAGAUGAAUUAGAGAAAGGAAUCGAAAGAGCCGAUUCAAUAUCCUGGAACCCGCACAAGAUGCUUGGUGCCCCCUUGCAAUGCUCCAUGCUCCUGGUCAAGAAAAAGGGCUUAUUGCAUAAAUGUAACAGUUUGGGUGCUGAUUACCUGUUUCAACCCGAUAAAUAUUAUGAUGUGAGCUACGAUACUGGUGAUAUGACCAUACAAUGUGGAAGAAAGACUGAUGCUUUUAAAUUGCUCUUGAUGUGGUUGGCAAGAGGUGAGGAAUCCUUGAGUGAACGUGUGGACAAUUGUAUGGAAUGUUGUCAAUAUUUACGAGAAAGAGUCAGGACAAGGCCUGGAUACAUUCCUGUGUCUGAAGGGGAGCAAAAUAAAUGCACGAAUGUCUGUUUCUGGUAUGUCCCUGAAUCAAUGAGAGACCAAGAGCGAACAGAAGAGUUCUGGGACAAAAUUCACAGAGUUACAUCAAUUAUCAAAAAGAAAUUAGUUAUGAAUGGAACUUUGAUGAUAGGAUACGCCCCCUUGCCCGCAAAAAUACAAAGGAGCACGUCCAAACCCGAAAAACACUCACAACAUAACCUCAAACAUAAAAGUAGUUGUCCGAAGUAUAUUAACACACAGAAUUAUAUAAAAAGUACAGAUAUUAAGGGCAUAGGUGUGAAUAAAUGUUUUAAUAAUAAUUUUGCUGCAAAUCGACGUGAAAUUAUUGUGCAAAAUGUACUAAUAGACACUACAAAGAACGUUGAUAUUUUUGAUACUAAAAUACCGGAAAUUAGGAUAACUGAUUCACAUUUAACUAAUGGCAAAAUAAUAAACGAUGAUUUAGAUUAUAUUAAGGAUUUAAACACGAAAACUAAUGGAAAAUUUCAUGAAAACGAAGACGAACUCAAACAAACUGUCAGCCAUGACGGUUUAACACAAACUGAUUUGACAGUCGAAGAAAAUGGCGAUCAACAAAUACAUAUUAUUAAUGUGUUAAAUAUACAAAAUAAUGAACAAACGCAAUCUGAAAACAUUUUAAAUCUUGAUGUUCAAAAUGGAUUUUCAGAUGUUGGUAACAGUGACAACAAAUUGAACAGGGUGCUCCAAGAUAAAGCCCAGGACACUAAAAGCUCAACUUUUAACAGUUUAAAUCAACUAAAUAUCAUGAAUUCUUUACCGAAGGAUAAUUUAGUUUCAGAUUUGACUGAAAAUGGUGUAAAUUGCACCUGUCAGGAAUCCCUGGUGACGAAAAAGGUGAACGCCUUCCGCAUAGUCAACACGUGCCAUCCGCCUCCGACUUAUAACGACAUGUUAUUUAUUUUAAGAGAAAUCGAAAGAGUUGGCCAUGAUAUCGUUAUUUAA